AGGAGAAGGAGAGAUAGAGAGAGAGAAGGCCAGUUAAUUUGGCGAAGAUUUAGAGAAUGCCCAUCUUCACAUUUUGCUGAAACUCACUCAUCUUUUGAGCAAGAACCCAUCUCCUGCUUUCCCUGUUUUUUUACCAAGAUUUGUCUCCAAUCAAAUCAUAAAUUGAUGAAUACUUGUAAAAUCGUUUUACAUUUGACAUUGUAAUCCAUUGCUUCUUGAAGAGAAAUGGAGGCAAGUGCCGGAAUGGUAGCUGGGUCACACAACAGGAACGAGUUGGUUCGAAUUCGGCACGAUUCGGAUAGUGCGCCCAAGCCCCUGAAGCAUCUGAAUGGCCAGAUAUGCCAGAUUUGUGGAGAGACAGUUGGACUAACAGCUGCGGGUGAUGUCUUUGUUGCGUGCAACGAGUGUGGCUUCCCGGUUUGCCGGCCUUGCUAUGAGUAUGAGCGCAAAGAUGGAAAUCAGUCUUGUCCCCAGUGCAAGACUAGAUACAAAAGACACAAAGGAAGUCCUCGGGUUGAUGGUGAUGAUGAAGAAGACAACGUGGAUGAUCUGGAGAAUGAGUUUAAUUAUGCCCUAGGAAACAGCAAGGCAAGACACCAGUGGCGGGGAGAAGACGCUGAUCUCUCUUCAUCCUCUAGACAUGAAUCUCACCCACCGAUUCCCCUUCUUAUGAAUGGGCAGCCUGCAUCUGGUGAAAUUCCCAUUGCUACCCCAGACACUCAAUCCGUGCGCAGUACAUCAGGUCCUUUGGGCCCUAGUGACAAGCAUGUUCACUCACUUCAAUAUCUUGAUCCAAGGCAGCCGGUUCCUGUGAGAAUUGUGGACCCUGCAAAAGACUUGAAUUCUUAUGGCCUUGGCAAUGUUGACUGGAAGGAAAGGGUAGAAGGGUGGAAAAUGAAACAGGAGAAAAAUAUCACACAAAUGACCAACAGAUACAGUGAAGGGAAAGGAGACAUCGAAGGCACAGGGUCGAAUGGAGAAGAAUUGCAAAUGGCUGAUGAUGCUCGCCAACCUUUGAGUCGUGUGGUGCCUAUUUCUUCUACCCACCUUACCCCUUAUCGUGUUGUAAUCAUACUUCGGUUGAUUAUCUUGGGGUUCUUCUUGCAAUACCGGUGUACUCAUCCAGUGAAGGAUGCUUAUCCCUUGUGGCUGACAUCAGUUAUUUGCGAGGUUUGGUUUGCAUUAUCCUGGCUUCUGGAUCAGUUUCCAAAAUGGUUUCCCAUCAACCGUGAGACCUACCUGGAGAGGCUUGCUUUGAGAUAUGAUAGGGAAGGCGAGCCUUCUCAGUUAGCACCUAUUGAUGUAUUUGUCAGUACGGUGGACCCUCUGAUAGAGCCACCUAUUGUUACUGCCAACACUGUAUUGUCUAUUCUUGCCGUGGAUUACCCUGUCGACAAAGUCUCAUGUUACGUUUCAGAUGAUGGUUCAGCAAUGUUAACCUUUGAAGCCCUCUCUGAGACGGCAGAGUUUGCAAGGAAAUGGGUGCCCUUCUGCAAGAAGCACAACAUUGAGCCUAGGGCCCCUGAGUUCUAUUUUGCUCAGAAGAUAGAUUAUCUGAAGGACAAGAUACAGCCUUCUUUCGUGAAAGAGCGCAGGGCAAUGAAGAGAGAAUACGAAGAAUUCAAGGUAAGAAUCAAUGCGCUUGUUGCCAAAGCACAAAAGAUGCCUGAAGAGGGUUGGACAAUGCAAGAUGGAACUCCUUGGCCUGGAAAUAACCCUAGGGAUCAUCCAGGAAUGAUCCAGGUGUUCUUAGGGCACAGUGGGGGCCUUGAUACCGAUGGAAAUGAGCUACCACGACUGGUUUAUGUUUCUCGUGAAAAGCGUCCAGGCUUCCAACAUCACAAGAAAGCAGGAGCUAUGAAUGCUUUGAUUCGAGUUUCUGCUGUCCUUACAAAUGGUGCAUAUCUUUUGAAUGUCGAUUGUGAUCACUACUUCAACAACAGCAAAGCUCUCAAGGAAGCCAUGUGUUUUAUGAUGGAUCCUGUUCUUGGAAAGAAAACAUGCUAUGUUCAGUUCCCCCAGCGGUUUGAUGGCAUUGACUUGCAUGAUCGAUAUGCUAAUCGCAAUAUUGUCUUCUUUGAUAUCAACUUGAAGGGGCUAGAUGGCAUUCAGGGUCCAGUCUACGUGGGCACUGGAUGCUGUUUCAACAGGCAAGCUCUGUAUGGGUAUGAUCCAGUCUUAACGGAGGCAGAUUUGGAGCCAAACAUUAUUGUCAAGAGUUGUUGUGGCUCAAGAAAGAAGGGAAGCAGUGGCAACAAGAAAUACAUUGAUAAGAAGAGGGAAGUAAAAAGAACUGAAUCCUCCAUUCCCAUUUUUAGUAUGGAAGACAUUGAAGAGGCUGUUGAAGGAUAUGAUGAUGAGAAGUUGCUGCUUAUGUCUCAGAAGGGCUUAGAAAAGCGGUUUGGUCAAUCGCCAGUGUUUAUUGCUGCCACCUUCAUGGAGCAGGGAGGGAUUCCACCAACAACCAAUCCUGCAACUCUUCUAAAAGAAGCAAUCCAUGUUAUUAGUUGUGGAUAUGAGGACAAGACUGAAUGGGGGAAAGAGAUUGGAUGGAUCUAUGGUUCUGUGACUGAAGAUAUUUUGACUGGGUUCAAGAUGCAUGCGCGAGGAUGGAUUUCAAUCUAUUGCAUGCCUCCCCGUCCAGCAUUUAAGGGGUCUGCUCCCAUCAAUCUUUCUGAUCGUUUGAACCAGGUCCUUCGAUGGGCCUUAGGAUCCAUUGAAAUUCUUCUGAGCAGGCAUUGCCCAAUAUGGUAUGGCUACAAUGGAAGGCUGAAGGUCUUGGAGAGGCUUGCAUACAUUAACACCAUUGUCUAUCCGCUCACCUCUAUUCCACUGCUUGCUUACUGCAUACUUCCUGCUAUCUGUCUUCUUACUGGAAGGUUUAUCAUUCCUCAG